AUUUUUGGCAACCCUGCCCUUCACAUCAUCAUCACAGUAUCACACUAUUCAUCAAUUUAAUUUAUCACUAUUUUCAGUAUUCGGUGGUGUGAGUCAUUUUGAAUGUGACUGUCAAAGCCUAGGAAAGGUUUUUGUGAAAUUGACAAAGGCAAGAGUGAGGCUAUACUUCAUAGGAUUACUUGUGACUAUUCUAAACAAUUGAAACUGAGAAAAAUGGAAGAAGAGUCAUCUACCACUCCUCCUGUGUGGAUGAUAGAUCUGGAGAAGAGACUUGAAAAUAUUAAACAGCAUAGGAAAUUGGGUCACGAGGUCGGCGCUGGUUCUAAAUGCCUCAAGUGCUUGGAUGCUUGUCCUGGGCUGGAGUUGCACUAUUGGAGGAAAAGAUGUAUAAGCUGCAAGUGUAAAAAAGAGGAUCAUGAUGUUCCACCAAAUGAAAAUGACCUUCGUUUUGAAAUAUUGUUGUACAAAGAUCCCCAAAAUAAUGCCAAACAAUCCAGACCCGCAAAAACAGAGUUACUUCAUAUCAUGACAAAAAUACCAAAAACUAAAACUGAUGACCUGAAAACUAUUCUAAAUGAGACUGGACCAACAGAUAAGACUUUGUGGUUUGACUGGGUCCCCCCACACGUAUCUAAGGAGUUGGCUGCAGAGUACAUGGUUCAACUCCCAGUGAACAAAAUGCCGAUCAGCAGUUCCGUUGGAGCAGUACAGCGCAAUCUACAGCUUGCCAAGCAGAUUCCGCUUCAUGAUAUUGAUCCAUCAGUCUGGCACAAACUACCUGCAGAAGCACAAGCUGGAUUUCAGAAGUACUUACAAAAUAUUCGAGAUAAUGUAGUUGGACAAGGAAGAGUCCUAAAGGUUUGUCAUAAGCAGUAUGUAGCAGAAAGUUCUGAUCAAAACUUACAGCAACCUCAACAAUCGAAAAAUGUCAGGCAUGACCAGAGCUUUCAAACCAACAUGCCGCAAUCACCGCAAAUAAUCAAUAAGUUCCCAGGAACGAACCAACAAGAGGAUAAUGCCCGUUAUUUAGACUUUAGGAAUCGUAACUUGCAGCCAGUGUGGAAACCUGUGAGUCCCAGGGUUCCAGUAGUCAUGAGACCUAAGCCACUGCUGGCAGAAAUCUCCAAUUUGCUGCCUCCAAAGUGUUUGGACCCUACACCAAGAUUUCCUGCUCCUCUAGAUGAUCCCUCAUUCCUAGACAAUGAAAAGAAUGGAGUGAAUGAUCUAACAAGAGCUCUGGCAGCAUCGCAUAUCACCAAUCCCGAUGUGCAAAAUGCAGAUUCUAAAUGUGAAGAAGAUAAAAUAAACAAAGCCUUGUCUCCCAACCCUGAUGAUAAAUCAUCAUCCCGUGAAGAGGCAACCACUACUCCAUCUAAUCCUUCAGGCAGCUUUGGAGACAAUAUUGGUGAAAAUCGUGACAAUGUCCAAGACAAGUCAUCAGUUUUGGGUCAGAAUCAGCCGUAUCAGUUGAAUACACAGUAUGGCUUUGAUAGCCAUCCGACAGGCUAUGUGCCCAGAACAAAUGUUCCUGCAAACAAACCGUCCGAUGGCAGAAGCCAACUGCCUCCGAGUGUUCCGAGAUACGUCAGAAUCACACAACAAGAUGAGGAUUUAAGAAAUGCCAAUAAGCAAAUGGAGAAUUCCCUGGCCUGCGCUCAGUGUCAUGAACCAAUACUAACGGGCUCGGUGGCAGUGGUAACUGAUCGGGCUGGACCUGGAGUGGCAUGGCACCCCCAGUGCUUUGUGUGCAAUACAUGCAAUGAGUUAUUGGUAGAUCUAAUCUACUUUUUCCAUAAGAACAAAGUGUAUUGUGGACGCCAUUACGCAGAUAUAAAGAAAAUCCCCCGAUGCCAUGCUUGUGAUGAGCUCAUCUUCGUUAAUGUGUACACUAUGGCCGAAGACAAGGCUUACCACGUGGGACACUUCUGUUGCGCUGAGUGCGAAGUUGAACUCGGAGGGAUGAAAUAUGUUCUCUCUGAAGACCAAACUAUCUGCCUGCCAUGUUAUGAAACCAAAUACUGCAAGAAGUGCCAAAGCUGUGGAAAGAUCAUCAAGCCUGACGAACAAGGAGUUACCAUAAUGGACAUGCAUUGGCAUGCUACCGGAACAUGCUUCCACUGCAACAGUUGUGGCAAUUCUCUGAUAGGUUCAAGAGUUGUACGCAGAGGAGGCACUCUCUACUGCUCAAGAGAUUGUUCGGUGUCAGCUAUGGAUGAUGUUAGCUACAGAGCUAUGUAAGUUUGUAUUGUAAUGCGAGUAAAGUGAUUUUACCUUUUAUGUGCUUUUAUAAAACUCCAACUUUUUACAUGUGUCCAUUAAAACAUGUAUAUUUAUAUCUACUAUUUCUUAUGUUAGUUUGUAUUAAGUAAUUUUCUCCUAUUUUUUGACUAGCUUAUUUAGAAUUAGCAACAAAAAUGAACAAAGGUUAUUAAUUUUGCGAACAAUUUCACUCCCUUGCUGACAAGUCACGUCGAAUUUGUGAUUCAAGAAUUUGUUAGCAUUUAAAAUAUAACAUGUAGCCAUUUUGACAUUAACCCUUUUAGGACUGGAAAUUUUCAUAUUUUUCCCACCUAAAAGACCAUGCAGAAUUGUAGUAGUUCAUAAAGUAAAAUUGACUGAAAAAAUCUACUGGACUAAUAGAUCUACUGAAUUGAUUUGUUUGAGCAUUUUUCUUUGUAAAAACUAGGGAAAAACAAAAAAUGUAUAUAUUUUGUGAAAAGUUUACAAACAUUUCAAAAUAUUUCUUUAAAAUGUAGUAUUUGUUUCAUAAAAAAUGUUUAAAUAGUAAAAAUAUGUAGCAUUUGAAAUAAAUGCACUCAUAUUUACGGUUAAAAUGUUUUUUGAGAUUACAAGUUAUUUUAACAAUUCAUCAAAAUGUUCAUACAAAAGUAAUAUAAGAAUAUAUAAUUAUUUUAAGAAUAAUAAAUUCAAAUCAAAUCAAAAGAUCCUUAUUACAAUUUUUUUCAAUACUCCUUAUUUCUUAUUCAGUUGGGUACCCUCCUAUCAACCCUGACUUAAACACACACUGACUUAAUGACUGUGGUUGAUGGUACCUCAGUCAUUUUAUCAAGCACUUUAUCAUCUACGUCAACGUCAAUUAAUUAUUAUCAUUAAGCAAUGAAAAAUAAGCUUAAAUGCCAUAAUCACAGAUUCGGUACUAUGCCGGUCCACGUACUGAUUAAUUGAUAGAGAUGGAGAGUCAGAGAAAUGGGUUGGGAAAGGGAACCAUUCCUGUUUAUAUAGGAACACAGUGCGGGCAAUAUCGAUGUCAAGAAAUUCAAACCAACCCCGAGCCAACUAAAACCGGAUUUUAAAAUAAAAUUCUUAAAUUGUAUUACCAAUAUAUUGGUGAUUGGUCUUUUUAGCCUAAACCUAAACAUAAUAAUAUAUGGGUUGUUGUUUCCUAAAAGGGUUACUAUACUUUUUAUAACAAUAUAUAGUGAAGCUAAUUAGGUAAAUUUUUACUUAAUUAGAUUGUACUCUUAUGUCUUAUAUAACAUACCAUGUUAAAUAUGCUAAUUUGAUACUAUAAUUAAUUGUAUAAGAUAACACACAGUGUACCACUAUUAUUAAACUUGACAAAUUUAUUAUUAUUGUUAUAUUUUUUAUUUUGUGCAAUGUCCACUGCCAUAUUUUUCUACAUAGGUACUGUAAUAAUGUAUAACUCAAGAGCCUAGGAACUGUUUUGCUAUGUAGUGUAUCAUCUUGUAGUGUGUCACUUUUAUAAGGUGAGAUAAUUAUGAUUGUGGUCAGGUAUUAUCUACUCUUUAUGUUCAUGUCAAGUAUUAGGGCCAGUUUCUAUUUCUUGUGCUUAUAAUGGGUGUUUACUGGAUUUCUAGACAAUGGCAGUUAUUCUAUAGCUACAUAUUAUUUUGGAAUUUUUAUUGACUGUAUACAUUCAUAAUUAUUUCUUAGGUUUAGGAAAAUAUGUGAAUACAUAUUAUUAAUAGAAUAUUUAUAUGAAGUUACCUAAAUGGAGGUAGUUCAGUUCAUUCAUUUAUAUCUUAUGUAUUAUUUCAUAUUUUUAAUAUAGAUAGUUUCAUGAAUAUUUUCACAGGUAAAUAAAAUAUUACAUCUCCAUUGAAUUUCAUGUGUAUAGACUGUCAUAGACAUAUCAGUUUAAGUGAAAUCUAGUAAUUAAUAAUAAAUUCCAACAUAGUUGCCAAUUUGAGAAUAGUCUUUUUUAUUGUGAUAAAGAAAGUCUGCUAGUCUGUAAGUUAUAAAAUUGAUUCUUAUAAAUUAAUGUAAAGGUUGCCCAAAUGUUGUGUUAUUGCUUAAGAGAAGCAACAUAAUUUGUAGUAGAUUUGGUCACAGAGAGCUUUACUGAAAUAAUUAACGGAUGCUCCCAGUAAAGUGACUGCUUGAAUGAGGUUUGUCCGCAAAGUAUCUAACCUUGUGCUGUAGCCUCCCACCACUUCAUCUCCUAUCUGCACAAUGCUUAAUUUCCUUCAUUGCCUGUAGUUACUGCCUUUUUUCAGUGCCCUUCUUCUUCCAGCUCGAAUGAGGUUUGUCCGCAAAGUAUCUAACCUUGUGCUGUAGCCUCCCACCACUUCAUCUCCUAUCUGCACAAUGCUUAAUUUCCUUCAUUGCCUGUAGUUACUGCCUUUUUUCAGUGCCCUUCUUCUUCCAGCUCGAAUGAGGUUGGCUGCAAAGUAUCUAACCUUGUGCUGUAGCCUCCCACCACUUCAUCUCCUAUCUGCACAAUGCUUAAUUUCCUUCAUUGCCUGUAGUUACUGCCUUUUUUUCAGUGCCCUUCUUCUUCCAGCUCGAAUGAGGUUUGUCCGCAAAGUAUCUAACCUUGUGCUGUAGCCUCCCACCACUUCAUCUCCUAUCUGCACAAUGCUUAAUUUCCUUCAUUGCCUGUAGUUACUGCCUUUUUUCAGUGCCCUUCUUCUUCCAGCUCGAAUGAGGUUUGUCCGCAAAGUAUCUAACCUUGUGCUGUAGCCUCCCACCACUUCAUCUCCUAUCUGCACAAUGCUUAAUUUCCUUCAUUGCCUGUAGUUACUGCCUUUUUUCAGUGCCCUUCUUCUUCCAGCUCGAAUGAGGUUUGUCCGCAAAGUAUCUAACCUUGUGCUGUAGCCUCCCACCACUUCAUCUCCUAUCUGCACAAUGCUUAAUUUCCUUCAUUGCCUGUAGUUACUGCCUUUUUUCAGUGCCCUUCUUCUUCCAGCUCGAAUGAGGUUGGCUGCAAAGUAUCUAACCUUGUGCUGUAGCCUCCCACCACUUCAUCUCCUAUCUGCACAAUGCUUAAUUUCCUUCAUUGCCUGUAGUUACUGCCUUUUUUCAGUGCCCUUCUUCUUCCAGCUCGAAUGAGGUUUGUCCGCAAAGUAUCUAACCUUGUGCUGUAGCCUCCCACCACUUCAUCUCCUAUCUGCACAAUGCUUAAUUUCCUUCAUUGCCUGUAGUUACUGCCUUUUUUCAGUGCCCUUCUUCUUCCAGCUCGAAUGAGGUUGGCUGCAAAGUAUCUAACCUUGUGCUGUAGUCUUCCACAACCUCUUCUCCUAUCUAAACAUAUUUUAAAAAGUUUAAAAAAUAAUCCAUGUACGCUUUCAUCCAUGUACACCACUCCCAAAUAGAAAGGCUCUUUGGAAGUUAGCUGUCAUAACCCUAAGACUCUGUGACAUCAUGUUGGAUGGCAGUAAAAGGUCUGCUCGGACAAAACUGAGGUUGUACCUUAUUCAGCCCAGGUAACCCACGAUUUGUUACCUGUUAAUUAAGUUUUCUGAAAUGUACAGUAUCUAGUCUUUGUUGUUUUUGUUCAUUACAAUAUUGUUCUCUCUAAUUUUUCACAUACCUUUUGUCAUGUUCAAAUUUUCAGGUAUAAUUUUGUUAACCUAUCGUCCUGUACAAUUAAAGUCUAUAUUGAUUUACCCUGGACUGAAACGCCAUUCUGAAUCCGUGAGAUUAUUUACUUUAGUUACAUUUUGUCCAAACAUUUCUGUGAAGGGCUUUCAGAUCGCGCUAUGUCAUUGUAACGCUCAUCAAGUGAAUACUCUAUUUUUGAAAUUUUCUGCCAUGACAAGAACGCUAAAGCAGUUUUUGCGCCAAAUUCGAUCAUGAUUGAGGUUCCCUCACCAAAAAUCCCACAAUCGGGGAAUGUGCUGCUGGUAACUAGAGCACUGUGCAACAACCACAUUCAAUUCUUUACUUUAGGUCUUCAGAUUGCAUUUUAUUUUUCUUUUACUCUCUCAAAUCUUGUACAUUCCAGAGAACUUUUCAUUAUUUGGAAGAGCAAAUAGGAAUUGUCAAAAUUAUGACUCAAACACUCUACUGUUGUAAACACUAGUUUUGGAUUAGUUUUAAAUUCCUCUGUAGAAUUAUACAAAAACAGUAUAUGAGAUUUUCGGCCUUCUUACAAAUAUUUUAUAUUCAAUUCAAUCCGUUUUGACCGUUUUUAUUGGCAUGAAUACAUUCAAAAUUUUGUUCAGUUGCUCAACAUUGUAGCUUCUAUUAAAUGUAGAGAUUAAUAUUUAUAUAAAAAAAAUUAUGUUUUUUCUGGAAACAUUUUGGAAGGAAACAUGGGCAUGUAUGCAUCACCCUCCUGAUCUAUUACGUUACAACUGCUCUGGGGUACAUUUGAUUCAAACCUAUUUGCUGAUUUCUUAUAAUAAAGUAUUUAUCAAAUAUAGAUAUAUUUUUAUUGUUAUGUACGUUCAUGUUUUCUAAAUACUGUCAUGUAAGCAACACUUAAAUAUAUGUAUUUUUAUUGUUCUUAAAA